AACCCGGAGCCGUUCGAUGAGAAUCGAACACCCGCGCGCUCCAUUUGAAAGAGAAAAACAAACGUACAGGCGCGGGUCGGGUUACGAUUUCCACGUGGUUCCCGCCUCAACAAAAUUCAACCCUCCGCCUUUUAUUAUUUCGUAUUGGUUUUGGAUCCGGCGCCCUCUCCCGUCAAAUUUCGCCUUCCCUUCCCCUACCUCGUCUAGAAAAUUUCCCGGCUAACCAUCUCCGUAGGUUUGAUUUCGAGUUCAUCUGAAUAUCAGAAGUUAAAUCAAAGAAUUGAUUUGCUAUCUUGGUUCUUAGAUUUUGUGCAAAAAAUAAGGUUGUGAAUCAUUGAAGCUACAAUUGCAUGAUGAGUGGAGAUAAUUUUAGUAAUGAUUCAUGUCGAGCACGUCUUGUUCUGGGAGAUGUAACAAAUCGCCCUCUCAAAAGAGGGUUUCCGUCAGUAUUGGGUGGCUUUGGGCUAAAAUCAAGAGAUGGGAUUCACUACAGUGAAGAGAAUGAACGAGACUCGCAAUUUGCAAAGCAAGUGUGCUUAGGUGUUGAGAAAUUGGUCAAAGAGAAAUGUAGAACCCUAUCUAGAGUAGAGUCUAGUGAGAAGCAGUCUUCUGGUUCUUCAUCUACUUGUAGUGAUACAUCUGCCAAGAACAUUACAUCAAUUGAUUGGAAAAAUAAUUCUGAUGGGAGUAUGGAGGUUAAUAAUUUGUUGGAUGGGAAUGCAGAGGGGAAACGUGUUGUGGAUGUAGAAGAUACAUCAAGGGAUGGUUGUCUUGUUGGUUUGCCUGAUAAAUGCUCCCAAACUUACCAGAAAAAUGAUGAUGAAGAACCAAGGUUUGCUUCUAAUACUAAAGAAAGUUGUAUGUGCAUGAGUGAAGCAUUAGAAAGUCAUGUUUCCAAGAGUGACAGUAAGGAUCUUGGUGUUGGUAGGUUGGCCUCAGGCAAGGGUGGGUCUAGUGAGUGGUCAAGGCUGCCGAAGACGCAGAGUUCAAGAUCACUUGAAUUGGAUAAAUGUGUGGGGAUCAAGAACGAUGGUUGUACAAAUAUGAAUUUGGAUGUUGAUUCGCUUAAAGCAUGCUCGUGUUCAUUUUGUUUGAAAGCUGCAAAUAUUUGGUCUGACCUCCACUACCGAGAUAUAAAGGGUCGUCUAGCUGUAUUGAAGAAGAGUCAGAAGGAAGCAAGCAUCUUGGCUCAGAAAUGUGGAAGAGAGAAGCAGACUGAUGUUCAUGGCCUGGGAAAUAAUGACAAAUCUUCAAAAUUAGAAUCAGAUCUCAUGAAUCAGUGGAGGUCACUCUUUCUUAACAUGGAGGACAUAUUUGUUCGUGAAAGCAACCAGCUUCAAGCCAGUUACGUGAUGCUAAAAGAUUUGAAAGAGAAUUGCAAGAUGGAUCUAGAAAGGGCUACCGGAAUGCUGCCUGACAAACAGUAGUCUUCUCGGCAAUGAUUCUCUGAAUGUAAGAUUUUCCUCUCACUCUAAUUCCGGUUGUGUUUGUAUAUGAGCACAUGCUUGUGACUAUAUCAGAUCCUAGGCUCUUGUUUGCAAGAUUCGUCUAUAUUCACCCCCAUUUUCAUAAAAGAAUAUGAAGUUGCGGCGGAGCUCUGUCUGUAACUGCUGUUAUGCAAUGUGUUAGAACAAAUUUCUCAUCUUAGA